UCCAUUAACUCAAAAGGACACGCUCUCUUCCCUCUCUCUUUCUAAAAGCUUAAUGGCUUCUUACAUUCCAUAAUCCCAUUCAUUAUUCCUUUCUUCUCUCUCUCAUCAAAUCCAUCAUACAUACAAAGAAAACACACACAGACUUUCCCUCUCUCUCUGUCUUACUAUCCAUUCAUCUCUUAGAGGCAGAGACAUGUACUGUGAGAGAAACAGAGAGAGAGAAACCAUGCCAGUUGUUGACGAGACCACAGGUCUAGAGCAAGUCAAAUGGAGAAGACCCAGAAACCAAUUCCAACACCAACCCAUUUCAGAGAUGGAUCCUCCAACUAGUCCUAACCCACAAAUCCCAUCUAUAAUCCAAUCCAGUAGAUGCAAAUCCACCAUCUCUUCCCUCCUCCUCUCCACUUUUUCCAACACAAACUCCACAAAUGAAGCCACACCCACCAACGCAAACACCAAGAAAAAGAACAACUUUACUUCAGCAACGUUUAGGGGACUUGGGUGUACGGCCUCAGCUUCACAGCAAGUGUCGGUGCCGGCAGUGAUUCGAGGGUCAGCUGACUGGGAAGCUAAGAAGAGCAGGAAGAAGAAGAAGAAGCAAAAGAAGAACUUUAACAACAACAACAGCAACAACAAUGGUAAUAAUAGUAAUGGCAAUAAUGGAGGAGAUGGGCCUAAUAUAAUGAGUUGUGUGGAUGUGCAAGAUGUUUGGUGUGGACCUGGAAUUGGGUUCUCUGCAGAGGAUUGUGUAGUGGCCAGGAGAAAUGGUAAUGGGAGAGGCAAGAUUGAUGGUGAUACUAAAAUCAACCACACCCAUAGGGAGCGUCCAUGUUUAGGAAGGCGAGCAGUGAACCCUGAACCCAUUUCAUUUCUGGACUCUGACUCGGAUUAUGUAUCUUCUCGUCCUGGAUUGGAGGUAUUCGGAACUAGGUACUACCGACAUGCUCGCCAUCCUUCUCCUGAGGGCUUUGCUGAGAUUAUGAUGCUUCAGAAUAGUCUGCUAAUGGGGGGAAGAAUAGACACACACGAUCGAUAUAGAGACUUGAGACUUGAUGUUGAUAGUAUGUCAUAUGAGGAAUUGCUUGAGCUUGGUGAUAGAAUUGGUUAUGUGAGUACUGGAUUGAAAGAAGAGGAAAUAAGCCGCUGCCUCCGGAAUAUUAAGCACUCACUUGUAAAUGAUCUGUCCCCACAUUUUACUAAGCAAGUAGAUAGGAAGUGCAGCAUUUGUCAGGAGGAAUACGAAGGAGAUGAUGAGAUGGGGAAGCUGGAUUGUGGACACAGCUAUCAUUUACAAUGUAUUAAACAGUGGCUUGCACAGAAAAAUUGUUGCCCUGUCUGUAAGACUGAGGUGGUGGCUCGAUGCUGAGACUGGUGGUGGACUUGUCUUGGCUUAUUCAAUGCUGGUGGUUUUGGAUACUGCUUCUCAUUUUACCCCUCCCCUACUUGGUGUAUAGAUUUCAUUUCCUCCAAUACAUGAUCAAGAAUUGAUUCUUUGGUUUGAAGCUUCAAUCCCUAUUUUGCAUGUUUUGAAAUGAUCGGGCUUCUUUGACUAUUAAGCAGUUCCAUAUUAAUUGAAAUUAUCUAGAAUUUAAUGGGGAUCAUUAAAUCAUAUAUAUACAUUACACAUUGUUUUUCUUUGAACA